AAGUCCGUCUCCGUCCAAAGUGUAUCAAAACGCAUGUGUGAUAUGCCUAUUUAAAAAUAAAUUCGCGCGCUUGGAAUUUGUUGGAGAAAAGCUCGUGCGUGUAGUUAGUGACUAGUUCGAGUUAGGAUUGAUCGAAACCUUCUGACAGCUGUCUCGGAAGUGUUGCAUCAGCAAUGGAAUCAGCAAGUGGUUUAGUGGUCCUGGAAGAUGAAGUUCUGCACAACGAAACCAAAGCUUUAUGGGUUUUUGCUUAUGGUUCGCUGUGCUGGAAACCCGGCUUCCAGUUUCAUAAAGCUGUCACCGGGUAUGUUCAAGGGUUUCACCGCAGGUUCUGGCAAGGGAAUACCACACACCGGGGGACUGAAGAAAAUCCCGGUCGUGUCGCUACUUUGAUCGAAAACAGUAAGGGUUUGGUUCACGGAGUCGCUUUUGCAAUAAGUGGAGAGGCCGCAAUUCCGUACUUGUCGAAACGAGAAUGCGAGUUAGGAGGAUACAGUUCUGUCUUCACCACCUUCUACCCCAUAAGUGGAGAGCCGUUCAAGGUUCUGUUAUAUGUGGCCACACCGAAAAAUCCUCUCUGGUUGGGAGAUGCCCAAAUUUCGGACAUCGCCGACCAAAUUGUAGACUGCCGGGGGCCCAGUGGGUAUAACGUCGAGUACGUGCUGCGACUAGCCAAUUUUAUGAAGCAUCACUUUCCGGAGCAUGACGACGAACACUUGUUUCAUUUGGAGGAGGAGGUCUUGAAGAGGGUCAAGGAGAGGAAUAUGUGCCUUAAAACCCUCAUGGGGGACGGUGAAGGCUGUGUCACCUUUGUCAAAGUCGAAAGGCGGAGAUCUACUGAUAGUUCUGAUGACAAUCCAGACCGGAUAGAAACGUUCCAACACACGACAAGAGUCCCCGAAAAAACACUACGUUGCUUAAAUAUUUAGAGAUUAUUUGUUUAUUUAUUAUAGCAACCGGUGGUGCUACCGUGUAGUACCAAUUAUUUUUGUUCAGUGUUGAUUGUGAUUUUUAUUUCUGCAUUUAGGUGUAUUUUUAUAUGACUCGUGCGGUCCAGUCAACAGUUACAGAUUCAAAGAUUUAUUUAUAUUGUUUUGUAUUGGCUUAACUGUGAUUUUAUAAUUAACAAAAUAAACUUGUAUUUAAUAAAGUGA